GUAUUUUUGGUUCUAUUACGACCUGCAUCUGAAAGGGUCGGGCUGGUAUACGUGCAGUCCAUUUGCCAUUGGAAGAUUUGAUGAAAAAAAAGCACCCAGUUCCGCGCUUCCUCUUGUCCGAUCUGCAUUUCGUUUGCAACAUGCCACGGCGAACCACAGCCUUAUACUUUGCAAUAGGGGCGACUAUAGGCGUAGUCGCAAACCAUUACCGUCACAUACGCUCAGUGCCAAAUCCUCCUGAUAACUUCCGCUCGCUUGUCACAGCCGGUUCAACAUGGGGUCUUUAUCACAGGCGAUUGGAUCGUCCGAUAGUCCUCUCUCCUGAACCCACAACAAGCGCACUUCACAGCUCAGAUUCCUCCCCAUCACCAAAUACUUCGUUGAAUUUGCUUGUCAAAUCGAUAUUGACAUCCACUCCAUAUAAGCUCGAACUCGCGCUUUCCUCCCCAUCUGAAUCGUCGUCCGAAUUUGAUCUUUGUACCGGAAGCAAAAUUGGGUACCUAUCUUUGGAAUCUCUACCCAGCAGCAACGAGGCUAUUUUCCAUUAUGAGUAUCCAGGUAUUGAUUUUAGGAUGUAUAUAUCAACUCCAACGCCUCGGGAUAUCUUGCUGGGAUUUGUCGACUACAGUGGAAGUUUAACCCAGGAUGUCGGGUCCAGAGUGUACACGCGCAUGCUGUGCGAAUCUGCAGCCAGAAUGUUGGAAAAGGGAGUAUGGGAUUCGGAGUGACACCGCCCUCUCAUAGUAUGAUAGUUACCUGGUAGAUCUGGAUGACUUUCUCAUACUGUACAUAUAAUGCAAGGCGUCAGAAAGAUGCACGAUUGAGUCAUGAUAUACUAUUACGAAAAGUGGUAUGAAAAUCUUGUAGUAUUUGUAACUUCCCGAUCCGGGCCG